AGCCUAGAGGACCGUGUCCUGGAGGGCCGAGCGACCCGAGUUUGCUCUGUAGCUUUCUUGGGCAUGUUGCCCACCGUCUGUACACGGGAGAGGCUGAUAGAGGGGUGAUCACUUGCUACGACAGGAGUGCGACCCUUUGUCACGUUCUCGGCGGUUAUCAGAUAGCAGAUGAUAACGCUAGGACUACCGUAGAGACAUCGGGCCUUGCUCACCUCGUUGAUAUCACCUUCCAGAGCGAGUUGGACCCUGCACUCAUCUCGGCAUUUGUGGAGAGGUGGCAGCCGGAUACUAACACCUUCCACAUGCCGUUUGGAGAGAUGACGAUCCUCCUUCACGACGUGGCACACAUUCUUGGGCUUGCGGUUGAUGGAGAGGCGAUGGUAGUGGAUCCGAGGCAGUUGGAGAAGUUUGCACUGGAGGCUGACAUCCGAGCACUACUGGGAUUAGAUCGUGACGAGGAUGAGUACGGGGCGCAGGUUGGCGAGGUUGCUAGUCUGUCUAGGUGGUACAGAGGAUUUGGUUUGUCGGGUGUGGCAGCUUUGACUCAUUUGCAGCAGUCUGGUCCGCCAGCUAGAGAGGCUCAGUGCUACCUUCUUUUGCUGCUUGGGUCCACACUGUUCGUAGAUAAGAGUAAGGACCGCGUUUCUGUUGUUGUGAACUUGUUUGUGAAGAGGCCGGAUAUGCUAGGAGAGUAUGCGUGGGGGGGCUGGAGCACUUGCUUAUCUGUACAGGCAGCUUGGUAUUGCCUCCCGGGCGGAGGCUAAGGGAGUGUCGGGUUGUCUGACUUUACUACAGUGUUGGAUUUACGACCACUUUCCUACUUUGAGGCCUAGUCGGUUGGAGCCACGAGAGCUGGAGCGGGGGCAGGCAGGAGCAUUCAGGUGGCGCGGUACAGCACCCCGGUCGAGUAAGAGGAGGGAUGCACAGAUGCUGGCUUAUUAUCGGCAGGCGAUUGAUAGUUUGACCCCUCAGUCAGUUAGUUGGACUCCGUAUGGUCGUAGUCCUCAUCUGACGGUGAGACGUACCUUGUAUCAGGGCCUGCUCAGAUUUGCAGAGAUAGCAGAAUAUUAUGAUCCCACUAGGUGCCUCCGACAGUUAGGCUACGUGCAGGGAGUACCGUAUCCACCGGAGCGUCCGCUUGUUGUGCGUCGACCUGCUUCCACGCUUGGAUACUCUCUUAGCUACCAUUCUGUCUAUGAUUCGUAUUGGAACAACUUGGGGGCGCAUAGUGUGCAUCUGGACGUUUUUUCUACUCCGAUACGACGUAGGCCAUGGGAGUUUGCUGAGAAUUACAUGUCGUGGUACAUUAGGCACUCGCACCCACAUAUACUGAGUGACAGCCGACCUGUUGAUGACAUCUCGGAUGCUGAUACGUUGUCACGCGAGAUGUGGGUUGAGAUAUCUCCCGUGAUGGAUGCUGCACAGGGUAGUAGGGAGGAGUGGAUGGCUAGCGCCAACGAGUACUACGACUUAUGUCAUGGAGUUGGGAACAUGUGGCCCGAGUUUAGGAGGAAGUCGGAUUUUCUACCACCUCCACAGUAGUUGUAUGAUUAUUAUGUCAUAUGUAUGAGUGUUAUUUGUUGUUUUUAGACGAGUUGACUUAUGUGGUGUUCAGUUGCUUAUUUGUUGUUUUGGGACUAUGACUUAUGUUAUUUGUGUAAUCUGAUAAUGACUUAUGUGGUUUAUGUUGUACUUUGG